GAUGUGCGGUGCGAGUGGUGUGUGUGUGUUUAGCGAGAGAGUGAGCCAACGAGUGAGAGCAGUGUGUGUGGAGUGAGCGAGUGCAGAGCGAGCCACUCACACGGAGCAUGCCUCUGCGUCCUGCAGCCGGCAAACAUGAGCCACCCAGCUCUCCACAGCAGGACCAGCACACACACUCACACCCCUACACACACACCAACGGCAGCCAGGGGGCCAGCUCUGACAGCGGCAGCUCACGGGAAGAGGACAGCGGCAUUCCCGUUUCUGUCAGUGAUUUCUCUUUCCGUCCCGCUCGGGAGCGGAGCCCCAGUGCAGGAGGAGGCAUGGCGCAGGACAAGGGCAACACGUUGGUGAUCCGCAUCGGAAUACCGGACCUGGCACAGACGAAAUGUAUGAAGUUCGACGUGGACGCUCCUAUCUGGUUAUCUAAGCAGCAUAUCCUGUGUACUCUGAACCAGAGCCUGAAGGACGUGCUGAACUACGGCCUCUUCCAGCCAGCUCACAAUGGAAAGGCUGGCAAGUUCCUGGAUGAGGAGAGGCAGCUGAAGGAAUACCCACUUCCUUCUGCUACCCCUGUACCAUACCUGGAGUUCCGCUAUAAGAGACGUCUCUACACACAGUCCCACCUGGAUGACAAGCAGCUCUCCAAACUACACACCAAGGUAAGAACACACACACACACCCAGGUUUGGUAUAGUCGUUCUGAGCUUUUAUAUAUAUGGUGUCUUUUUUAUUAAAAUCACACAUCUCAUUCUGUUGCGGCAGGCUGUAUAUAUAAGAGAGAAAGAGCAGAGAGAACUGCAUGCAUUGACAUCCCCAUCAGAGGGCAGGAGAUUUACACUGGUGAGAAUGGCCCAUCACCAGCUGAUUUUUCCUCACUGUGUGUGUGAAGGACCAUGGCCAUCUGCAACUGAGCGGUCUCUAAUGACAUUCACGUAUUAAUGUUGGCUUAUUGUUCUGUUUAAUAUAAAUAUUCCUGCUGUCAUCAAUGCUUGCUAAAUGACUGCUUUAUUGAAUAAACAGAAUCGGAGCAGGCUGGACAAAGUCGAGCUAUGGGACUGUGUGACUGACACAUCAUAUCUGACACAGGCUAGAGCAGGAAUGAGCAUAGAGACACUGAGAUGGAGCGAGAGAGACGGAGCGAGAGAGACACAGAGAGAGACACAGAGAGAGACACAGAGAGAGAUAGAUUUAAAGUAUGAAAGAGAUGGGGAGGGAGGCGGCAAGAACGAAAAAGAAAACGAGUAGAGAGAAAACAAGAGGAAGAGUGAGAACGAGAGAAAGAAAGAAAAAGAAAGAAAGAAAGAGAAAGAGAAAGAGGGAGUGCAGCCUUGGUCUAUUCUGUCUCUCAUGUUUAGUAGGGAUAUAUUGUCUUACUGCACACUGACUGUAACUAGCUAGGUGUGGUAGGGAUAUAGUGUCUUACUGCACACUGACUGUAACUAGCUAGGUGUGGUAGGGAUAUAUUGUCUUACUGCACACUGACUGUAACUAGCUAGGUGUGGUAGGGAUAUAGUGUCUUACUGCACACUGACUGUAACUAGCUAGGUGUGGUAGGGAUAUAUUGUCUUACUGCACACUGACUGUAACUAGCUAGGUGUGGUAGGGAUAUAGUGUUUACUGCACACUGACUGUAACUAGCUAGGUGUGGUAGGGAUAUAGUGUUUACUGCACACUGACUGUAACUAGCUAGGUGUGGUAGGGAUAUAGUGUCUUACUGUACACUGACUGUAACUAGCUAGGUGUGGUAGGGAUAUAUUGUCUUACUGCACACUGACUGUAACUAGCUAGGUGUGGUAGGGAUAUAGUGUCUUACUGCACACUGACUGUAACUAGCUAGGUGUGGUAGGGAUAUAGUGUCUUACUGCACACUGACUGUAACUAGCUAGGUGUGGUAGGGAUAUAGUGUCUUACUGCACACUGACUGUAACUAGCUAGGUGUGGUAGGGAUAUAGUGUCUUACUGCACACUGACUGUAACUAGCUAGGUGUGGUAGGGAUAUAGUGUUUACUGCACACUGACUAUAACUAGCUAGGUGUAGUAGGGAUAUAGUGUCUUACUGCACACUGACUGUAACUAGCUAGGUGUGGUAGGGAUAUAGUGUUUACUGCACACUGACUGUA